GUCCUAGCACUAGACCGUGGUAGACCAGCGCCGAGAGGGGAAGUAUGGAUGUAGCUUGUGGGUGUGAUAAUGGUGAGGUCGAAAAUCUCCCUCGCAUGCGCCUAUAAAAAGGAGGGAGCGACGUGAAUCGAGCCGUGAGUCUGCGCCACCACCUCAUACUCCCCCUUCACGUCGCACUACUACCAUGCGCUCAGGACUCGCCCUCGUAUCAGCGCUCCUACUCGCUGGCUGCAUCUCUGCCUCGCCCUUGCCCAAUACCCCGUUGCGAAAGCGCGAAGAGAUUGACCCUGACUCUUUCUUGCAAUUUCUCAUCGCGGCCAAGUGCGGUACCCAAGCGAUCGACUUCUCCGGUGGCAGCGAUGGUUGCUCUCGCCUCAUAUACAACGGCAAAUGCUGUCAAUCUGGCAUAGUCGUAGAUGGCCAAUGUUUUACGGAGAACCCCGACUUCCAGGACGCUGUUAUAGCGGGCAGGAGCAGUGCCGCUCAAUACGCCUACAUCGACUACAGCCACGGCCAUGCGGUGCAGGUCAGCGGGGACUUUUCCACGCCAGAUUCGGACGCCCUCGAAAUCACGGACCCAAUGAAGUCGUACCCGCAGGAUAGCCCGAGCCUCUGCCAGGACUUCGCCUCCUCAUCCUCAGCGGCCGCGGCCGCGGCCGCGGCGUCGACGGACGCGGCGGAGAUCAAGUCCGAGACUGCCAUGGGGGCUUCGACAACUGCCUCCCCAACUAGCACUGCGGCUCCUACCCUCACGUCAUCGUUCUCUCCCUCAUCUUCGGCCACGAGUACCAGCGCUGGCGCAGCCGGUGUUGUGAGCUCGGCCGGCUCCUCGAGCUCUAGCGGAGGAAGCAACGGGGCUGCUGGCCUCAAGGCAAGUCUUGGAUCGGUCUUCCUUGCCGUCGCUGCUGGAGCUGUCUUUCUCUAAUGGGCGCGUUCUGCGAUACCCACAGGUGGUGCUCUCUUUUUGUGGACCACCUUGCGUGCCAUCUCUCGGAAUGACAUCUUCAUUGCGCUGCCCCACAGCAUCCUGUCGUGGUGCCGUGGAUGAUGCACUGAAGGGCGAGGCAAAGCACUCGGACAUCAUUGGGGUUCGCGCCUCGACCGUGGUCGCCGAUGCGAGCGUCCCUGGGCCAUCUCGAUCGCUCGCCUCUCUUCGGGGAGAUGGAGGAUGGUGGCCAGGUCAGGCAGGAUGGCCGCGAUACCUUCAUCGAUGAGAGGCACAACGUCAUCUUCCAAGACUGGAUUGACAACUCCCUCCUGGACAGCGACCGCCCCGGCUCGGCGCGCGGCAACAGACAUCUUGCCAGGGCUCAUGCCAGCGAGAUGGAAUCAUGAAGAUCACUCACUGUUCAGACGAUGAACAAGAUGAAACCCGCCCGCGCUGA